CUUGGACACCUUUUCUGGCUGCGUUCAGUGUGGGUCUACAAGAUUGUGAUGAUACCGAAGUAGCCUCUCUUUGCCUGGAAGGUAUAAGAUGUGCAAUCAGAAUUGCAUGCAUUUUCAGCAUUCAGCUGGAAAGAGAUGCAUAUGUCCAGGCUCUAGCAAGAUUUACCUUACUCACAGUGAGUUCUGGUAUUACUGAAAUGAAACAGAAGAACAUUGACACAAUAAAAACACUCAUCACAGUGGCUCACACAGAUGGAAAUUAUUUAGGAAAUUCAUGGCAUGAGAUUCUGAAGUGCAUCAGUCAGCUGGAGUUGGCACAACUUAUAGGAACUGGAGUGAAACCUCGAUACAUUUCUGGAACAGUGCGAGGCAGAGAAGGAUCUAUUACUGGAACAAAAGAUCAGGCUCCUGAUGAAUUUGUGGGCUUGGGGCUAGUUGGAGGAAAUGUGGACUGGAAGCAAAUAGCGAGUAUUCAAGAAUCCAUUGGAGAAACCAGUUCUCAAAGUGUCGUCGUUGCUGUAGAUAGAAUAUUCACUGGCUCUACAAGACUAGAUGGGAAUGCUAUUGUGGAUUUUGUCCGUUGGCUCUGUGCUGUGUCUAUGGAUGAAUUACUUUCUACUACACAUCCAAGAAUGUUUAGUCUACAAAAAAUAGUGGAAAUAUCAUAUUACAACAUGGGAAGAAUAAGAUUGCAGUGGUCUCGAAUUUGGGAAGUUAUUGGAGAUCAUUUUAAUAAGGUUGGCUGUAAUCCUAAUGAAGAUGUAGCUAUUUUUGCAGUAGACUCCUUAAGGCAGUUGUCAAUGAAGUUCUUAGAGAAAGGGGAGCUUGCUAAUUUCAGAUUCCAGAAGGACUUCUUAAGACCUUUUGAACAUAUAAUGAAACGGAACAGGUCUCCAACAAUUCGAGAUAUGGUUGUACGCUGUAUAGCACAGAUGGUUAAUUCUCAAGCUGCUAACAUUCGAUCUGGAUGGAAGAACAUUUUCUCUGUAUUUCAUCUAGCCGCAUCUGAUCAAGAUGAAAGCAUAGUGGAACUUGCAUUUCAAACAACCGGGCACAUUGUCACUCUUGUAUUCGAAAAACACUUUCCAGCGACCAUUGAUUCUUUCCAGGAUGCAGUGAAGUGUUUGUCUGAAUUUGCGUGCAAUGCAGCUUUCCCAGACACAAGUAUGGAAGCAAUUCGACUUAUUCGCCAUUGUGCAAAAUAUGUGUCUGAUAGACCUCAGGCGUUCAAGGAAUACACUAGUGAUGAUAUGAAUGUCGCACCUGAAGACAGGGUGUGGGUGAGAGGAUGGUUCCCAAUUCUCUUUGAGUUAUCCUGUAUCAUCAAUAGAUGCAAAUUAGAUGUAAGAACCAGGGGUUUAACAGUAAUGUUUGAAAUAAUGAAGACAUAUGGCCACACUUACGAAAAACACUGGUGGCAGGAUUUAUUUAGAAUUGUUUUCAGAAUCUUUGACAAUAUGAAAUUGCCAGAACAGCAGACAGAGAAAGCUGAAUGGAUGACAACUACUUGCAAUCAUGCACUUUAUGCAAUCUGUGAUGUAUUCACCCAGUAUUUAGAAGUACUCAGUGAUGUACUUUUGGAUGAUAUUUUUGCCCAGCUCUACUGGUGUGUGCAGCAAGACAAUGAGCAGUUAGCACGAUCUGGUACAAACUGCUUAGAGAACGUUGUUAUUCUGAAUGGUGAAAAAUUUACCCUAGAAAUCUGGGAUAAAACUUGUAACUGCACACUGGAUAUCUUCAAAACCACAAUCCCACAUGCGCUCUUGACCUGGUGUCCUACUUGUGGAGACACUGCCCCCCUACCUCCAUCUCCUGUGAGUGAAAAACCCUUGGAUACAAUAUCACAGAAAUCUGUCGAUAUUCAUGAUUCUAUUCAACUGAGAUCUGCAGAUAACAGACAGCAAGCAUCAUUGGUUCCUGUAUCUACUGUGGGUGAAGAAGUCAGCAAGAUUAAAUCUACAGCAAAAUUUCCAGAACAAAAAUUGUUUGCUGCCCUGUUGAUUAAAUGUGUUGUGCAGCUGGAACUCAUCCAGACUAUCGACAACAUCGUGUUCUUCCCAGCCACAAGUAAGAAGGAAGAUGCGGAAAACUUAGCUGCAGCCCAGAGAGAUGCGGUGGACUUUGAUGUUCGAGUUGAUACCCAAGACCAAGGGAUGUACCGCUUUUUAACAUCACAACAACUUUUUAAGCUGUUGGACUGCUUACUAGAGUCACAUAGAUUUGCAAAAGCAUUUAAUUCCAACAAUGAACAGAGAACUGCUCUGUGGAAAGCAGGCUUCAAAGGCAAGUCCAAACCCAACCUUCUGAAGCAGGAGACCAGCAGCCUGGCCUGUGGGCUGCGCAUUCUCUUCCGGAUGUACAUGGAUGAGAGCCGGGUUAGCGCCUGGGAGGAGGUCCAGCAGAGGCUUUUGAAUGUCUGCAGUGAAGCACUAAGUUACUUCCUCACUCUAACAUCAGAAAGCCAUCGGGAAGCCUGGACUAACCUGCUGCUGUUGUUUCUAACUAAAGUUCUAAAGAUAAGUGAUAACAGGUUUAAAGCUCAUGCAUCAUUCUACUACCCUCUCUUAUGUGAAAUUAUGCAGUUUGACUUGAUUCCUGAACUUCGUGCUGUUCUUAGAAGAUUUUUUCUGCGAAUUGGAGUAGUUUUUCAGAUAUCACAACCACCUGAACAGGAACUUGGAAUAAACAAGCAAUGAUGAGAACUUAAUAUUUUUCUGUUGGCGUUUACAUCCCUCUGCUCUUUAAAAGGACCCCGGAGCUGAGGUUUCCUACCUGAAAAGUGAUUUCUCUGAAUUGCAGUGUCUGAGAGUUACUGAUAAAGAUGUUUAGAACCAUCACUCCAACUUGCAACUCUCUAGUCCCCUUAGUAUUCUGGUGGAUUCCAUGUGUCAUGCUGGGCUCAUGUUGAGCAGAAUCCUGUUUAAAUGGUGUCAGCUAAGGCUCAUGGGCCCUCCCUGUCCUCCAUGGCAGGAAGAGCCCCACAUAUUUUUGGCAGGUGUGGAAGUAAAACUUACCCAAAGAGCUAUAGAUGUAAAGAUUGGACUUCUACAAGAAGUACAACUCAGGAGAGCUGUAUUUUGAAGGAUAAAAUGUUUAUACCUGGGGAGUGGGGGGAGAAGAAAUUAUUGUUCAUGGUAAAAAGAUAUUUAGCAACUAUGGUAUUCUUACUCUGAAGAUUUUUGCACACUCAGGCUAUCUGAGAUACUGGUAAUCAUCCUUCUGUGAAAAAUGUACAGAGAUGCAGGUCUGUAAUAUAAAAAUCUUAAACAUUAUAUAGUUCUUCCUGCACUGUUUUAUUUCUUUAUUUUCUUAUUCAUUUGCUAAAUACCCAUAAUAUUUUGUCAAAUGCACUAAAGAUUUGGGUUGAACUUUUUUUUAUUUUGUGGGGAUUUUUAGUUUUGCCCUUUUGGGGGGGUGGUAAUUUUGAGGCUUCAGUAUACCCAGAAGUUGUUGUGGUUGUCAAGAACAACAACAGGGAACAAAAAAAGGUAGAAAAUAUCCCUGCUGACAAUAACUACCUGUAAAAUAUUUCUCUUAGGGCUUCUAAAGAUGAGCCGUUAAAAUAGAAUAUGAUUCUUCAUGAACCGAAACUUGAAUCACUGCAAAAUGAACCUAGUUGCUGUCACUUUUUCUUUUGGGUGGUGGGGCUUGAUGUAGAUUUUACUCUAUGUACAGAAUCUAAUGUUGAAUAUAUUAAAAUAACAAAUCUGGCAUGGUUUGCGGAGGUUAGACUUACUGGAAAUGUAUUCAUACUGUGAAUUGUGCUCUGAUGGUUGAAAGACAAGAUUGUCAAGCAUUCCGUAUUAACAGUGGAUGUAGAAAAUUUUUUCAGAUGGAUAAAAUGUAUAUGGUACAGAUGUAAAGUUUUCUAUGUAAAAAAUUCUGUACAACUUUCUGUACAAUAUUGAUUCUCAUCUGGCAUAUUCUAAUCAGGUUAUAGGUCAAUAAAGUUUUUGAAUUAUUUCAUCAGUGCAGUCAAAACCUGCAUAA